AAAAUACGAAAACCAUUAAGGAUUAGGAUUUUUUUUUUUUGGGUGCAAAAAGGAAAUCUCCAUACAGAUUUUAGCUAUAAAUAUAGAUAUCAUCGCACAACUUAUUUCAUAAACUUCUUUACAUCAUCAUCAUUCAUAUAGUUUUCAUUAGAAACCAACAAUGUCUUACGUUAAGGUUUUUGAAAGCAUCGACAAAAACAAAGAUGGUAAAAUUUCAUGGGACGAGUUCUCUCAAUGGAUCCGUGCUUUCUCUCCUUUGAUGACGUCUGAAGAAAUCGAUGAGAUGUUCACAGAGCUUGAUGCUGAUGGUGACCGUCAAAUAGAUAUUGUAGAAUUUGCCAAGUGCUAUGUGGUUGGCGAAAAAGAAGAAGAAGAAGAAGCUGUUCUGAAAGAAGCUUUUGAUCUGUAUGAUCUCAAUCGUGAUGGGAAGAUUUCACCGGGUGAGCUUCAUGUUGUGUUGAAGCGUCUUGGAAGGAAUAAGUCAAUGGAGCAAUGUGCUAGCAUGGUUGGUGCCGUUGAUGCAGACCAAGAUGGUCAUGUUAGCUUUGAAGAAUUCAAGACUAUGAUGAAUUCUGACAACAAAACGUUACUAUGAUUUUAACCUAGAUUUUAUAUAGUUAUAUGCUUUUCUUUAUCUGUUUAUAAAUUUGAUUUUUUAAGCAACGACAUCGUCGUGCAUAUGAAUGAUUUUGUUUAGAUUUGAGUCGAUCUCUUUUUCAUCUAAAAAGAGUUCACAUACUUAUAUAUAUGUAAUUAUUUUGAUACAAAUUAAGUUGUGAUUAAACAUAAAAAGCAUUACCAAACUAAACCUUCAUCUUAGCUUUGAAGUUUAAAGCUAUAAUGAGACGAUGCUUUUUUUUCUAACACAGAAUGAGAGGAUGCUAUAAAAUUUCUAAUUCAUAUUGGAAAUAAAAAGAACAAGUUCUGGUUAUUACAAACAGACCAACGUAUAGAAACUCUUUAGAGAAAAAAAAAACAUCUGAGAAGAAACACAUAACAAAAGCGCAAAGUCAUAUCUCAAUACUUAGCCAUGUGGCCUGUGAAUGCAUGGAUUGUUUCCCUUGUGGCCUGUGAAUGCAUCCAUGCAGAUUGGGAUGAGUCCUGGAUGAGCCGCCCAUGUCCCAUCAUGUCCUGCUCUUACUUCUCUUAGCUUGUCUUUCCUCACUAGCUCUAACGCCAUCUCAUUCGCUUUCGGAUAAUCUCUUAUCGGAAUCUGAGCAGCCUGAGCAUUAUAUAAACAAGCUCAACUCAACAUAUAUCAACUGGUGCAUUCAAACAUUAAUGUAUUGACUUCUUAUCUUGCACUUAAUUCAUAAUGUAACAUCGAGUUUUUUUUUUCUGUUCUUUUGCCAAUCCUACCAACAAUCAUGUCAUGACUAUAAAUAAAAGACUCGAUGUAAGAUAAACAUAUUUUGCAUAUUUCCAAAUUAAUUCUUUCAAAAAGUGAAGAAGAAAAUAUUUUCAGUUAAACUUAAUGUAAGCAAAGCAAAGAAGAAUCAUAAUUAAACUAUAUCUCUUAAUUUUCUUUUGUUCGUUUUAUUCAUUAAUAUAAUUCGUUUGUAUUAUUUAAUUUGUAAUUCAAGCUUUGUACUGCAAAUUAAACCAAGGAGCAAUACAAAAAAAAAAAAUCAAUCGAAUAUGUAUGUGGUCUGUCAAAUACUAACUAGUCCAUUGAAGUGAUAUUUUAAAAGGCUCUAAACAAAAUGAAUUGAAUAUUUGAUUAAAGAAAAACGUUUACAAACACUUAACACAGAUCUCAUUAGUCAUUACUAGUUCACACACCAAGAACCCUAAACCCAACUUUGAAAAC